UAUAUGCUCAAUAAUAUUUAUUAAUUCUAUUAAAAUUUCCGAUAAACACAAGAACUCGCACGAGGUCCACGACAUCGUAUCAAUUCCCCCCUUGCAGAAAUAUCAUAAUCAACCAACAUGGCCGGUAAACUCACAUGGCUCGUGACUGGCUGCUCCUCCGGCCUGGGAGAAGCUCUGGCUCUGGCAAUUCUCGCUGCUGGCGACAAUGUUAUUGCAACUGCACGAUCUGGACAAGAUAGUGCGUUCGAACGGCUAGCUCCCCUCAAGGAAGUUGGGAUAGCAAUAAUGGAAAUCAACGUGACCGCCCCAGUUGACGUCCUCAAUGCCAAAGUUAAGGAGGCUUGGUCGAUCACCGGGCAGAUCGACGUGUUGAUCAACAAUGCAGCAUACAUCGACGCGGGUGUUAUAGAAGAAAUCGACGAACCGUUUAUCACCAACGCCCUCCGUAAUAAUGUUUUUGGUCCAUUGAACCUGACCAGGGCCUUACUUCCUUACAUGCGUGUCUGCCAAUCCGGAACUAUUCUCUUCAUGUCUUCCGUGGGGGCUUACUAUGGAGCGCCUGGUGCCAGUGCGUACUCCGGGUCCAAGGGCCUUCUUGAGGGUCUUGUGCCAAAUCUGGCCCUUGAGAUCCAGCCAUUUGGCCUUAGAACCUGCCUAGUCACGCCAGGAUAUUACCGUACCCAAGUCAUUAGACCUGGAAACAUACUUUACCGUGCUCCCAAUCACUUGCCAGAGUAUGCCGAGAUGAAUAAACUAAUUGAAGCGGGCUGCAAUGCUGCAGAUGGUAACCAGCCAGGGGAUCCCCGGAAGGCUGCCGCUCUGAUUGUUGAAGCAGUUCAAGGCGAGGGACGUUGUGCGAACAAGCAGCUACCAGAAAGACUGCCUUUGGGGCCAGAUGCCUUCAAGGCAAUAAGGGCAAAUUGUGAGGCAAAAUUAAAGAUUUGUGACGAGUGGGAGAGCAGUAGGGUCGGUCUGGAAGGAAUUUAA